AUGGCGUACGAGGGCAAAAACAUGCCUAGCAUGUUCUCCACCACCGAUCCCGAAGAGCACAAGGCACUGAAGCGGCCGGUUGCUCAGAAGUUCUCCAUGAGCUCGAUCCGAACACUUGAGUAUCUGGUGGACCCCUGCAGCCAGAUUUUCACCGACGCCAUGUUGGACAUGCAGGGACAGGUUGUCGACCUCGGAACCUGGGUUCAAUGGUACGCCUUUGACGUGAUCGGCGCCAUCUCCUUUGCUCGAAGAUUCGGUUUCAUGGAAGAACGCAAAGACAUCAAGGGCAUGAUUGCAGGUAUCGAGUUUGGACUUGUCUAUGUCGGUCGGGUUGGGCAGGUUCCAUCUCUUCAUCCGCUUCUCCUCGGGAACCUAAUACUCAGGAGAAUCUUUGCUAAACUAGUCCCCUUCUCGAGAGAUCCCAUCGCGACUUCCACAAAGAUGGUGUUGGGAGGCAUCAAGGAGUACGACGCCGAAGAGGCAGACACUACUCAUAGACGAGACUUCCUAGCAUACUUGCGACAGCAGCAGAAGUCCACCGGCACCAUAAUGAGUACGUGGGAGCUUAUGAACCACUUGAUGAACAAUCUUCUAGCUGGAAGUGAUACUACGGCUAUUUCUCUCCGCGCUGUAUUCUACUACCUCCUGAAGAAUAGAAACGCGUAUCAAACGCUGCAACACGAAAUCGAUAAGGCCGACAGGGACGGAAAGCUGUCCCCUGUUGUGCAGUACAGCGAGAGCCUGGAACUUGAAUACUUGCAAUUAUGUAUCAAAGAAGCCAUGCGAAUGCACCCCGGUGUAUCAUAUCCCCUUGAGCGUAUAGUGCCCGAAGGUGGAGUUGAGCUAUGCGGAGUACAGCUCCCAGCGGGAACGAUUGUAGGCAUGAACGCAGCAGUCAUCCAUCGUAACUACGAAAUAUUUGGUGAAGAUGCCGACGAGUUUCGACCCGAGCGGUGGCUCUGCCCUGAGGAGCAGGCCAAGAACAUGGACCGGCACUUAUUGACCUUUGGAGCGGGCGCAAGAACGUGCAUCGGGAAAAACAUUUCUAUCAUGGAAGUCGGCAAGUUUGUGCCCCAGAUCCUUCGCCAGUUCGACUUAGUGUGGGCAUCGACCGAGUCAGAAUGGAAAGUCAAGACGUUUUGGUUUGCAAAACAGUCAGGACUUCUGGUCAGAUUCACUCCUCGUGCAGCGGCUAGCAUUUAG